UGGAUGAGUGGGAGUAGUGCAGGACUAGCAGAGAGGGCCAGCUAAUAGAGCCCAACUGCAAAAGGAGAGACCUGGACUCUCUCCGAACUGUCUACAAAACCGGUAAACUAACGGUCCAAACCCCUCCGCCUCGAUAUCUUCACUGUAAUCGACGAACUUCCGCCGCUAUUUAAAUGGCGAUCGAUACCUGAUUUGCAGAACUAUCCAGCUGGGCUUUGUUAUUUGAGUCCGACUACCUAUCCAUUUAGUGUCUUCACAGCUUUUCCUCUUUUCUCUGUGUCUCUCUUCUACCUUAUCCAUGGCUUUUGCAUUUAUUACAGUAGCGAAACCUUUCUCUUCCAACAAAGCAAUUCCUUCUUUCUCCAAUCAGAGAUCACCAGGUUUGCGGAAGAGUGCUUUGAGAAUUAAUGCAGUGACCACGAAAUGGGAACCUACAAAGGUUGUUCCACAAGCAGAUAGAGUCUUGAUUCGUCUAGAGGUGUUGCCCGAGAAAUCGGCUGGUGGAGUGUUAUUGCCUAAAUCAGCUGUUAAGUUUGAGCGCUACCUGAUGGGUGAGGUAUUGUCUGUUGGUUCUGAAGUGAGCACUGUCGAGGCUGGAAAGAAGGUUCUUCUAUCGGAUAUUAAUGCAUAUGAGGGUAUGGGACCCAAGAAAUAUAGGGACUCACCCGUCUUGAUGUCCUCCUGUUGUAUGGCUAUGUCCUUUGAAAUUACAUAAUGUGGAUUUGGGAACAGAUGCAAAGCAUUGCUUUUGUCGAGAAGGUGAACUGCUGGCCAUGGUUUACUAGGAUAAAGAAUUCUUGAGGAUUUUUCACAAGCAUAGCUGUUCCCCCUUCAUGGAGGAUGGGUUUUUGUAGACUAAUCUCUCAAACUGUGCAAACAUUAAAUUUUGGAUUUUUUCUUUUGGGAAUUUUAGCUUCUAUCUUGUGUCUUAUCCUCUAGCAUAGCAUAUCAUAUUGCAGAACCUUGCUUUACUUCUAA